CCACGGCGGCAGAGGAAGCAGGGCGCAGGCGGUAGGAAUGGAGAGCGGAGCCGCAGGGAGAGAGAGACCAGGCAUCAUGACUAACCGCGGGGAUCUGAGGUCAGCGUGAGCCGGGGCUCCUGAGUGGAAGGCGGUCCGGACUGUGGAGUCCAGCCUGGCGACGGAACCACCGCGACCUCGUCUGGCCAGCGCAGACACGGCGACUCUACUGGACUCGAGUCUGCGGGAAAGUCCAGCCACCAAGUGACCGGAUCUAAGGUCGAUCAGCAUGAGUCGAGAUGCUUGGUCAAAGAAGAGAGCCAAAGCCAGUGAUGACAAUGGUUGGCAGGAGAGGGGCGGCUACAUGGCAGCGAAGAAGUCCAAACUGGAGGAGCAGUUCAAACUUGAUGCUCCCAAAGAGAAACAGAAAGAAGGAACCUGCUCCAAGAUUUUUAGCGGAGUGUCCAUUUACGUCAACGGAUACACAGAUCCCAGUGCAGAUGAGCUUCGCAGGAUCAUGAUGCUGCACGGCGGACAGUUCCACGUCUACUACUCGCGCUUCAAAACCACACACAUCAUCGCUAAUAACUUGCCUAACAGCAAAAUCCAGGACUUGAAAGAGCAAAAAGUGAUCCGGCCUGAUUGGAUCACGGACAGCGUCAAGGCUGGGCGUCUGCUGCCGUGGCUGGAGUACCAGUUGUAUGCCAAACAUAAAGGACCUCUAUUCCGUGGAGUGAAGGUGCAGGAGCAGUCUUCCUCCAGCCAUCAGAACAGCUCUGUCCCCAAACAAGGAAGCCCUCACAAUCAUGUAGCUGACCAGCAGGUCGCUUCUGAGCGCAGACAGAGUGCUCAUUUACAAACCCAGUUGCCGUCUCAUUCAGAGCCGGUGAAGCCCACGCAUAAGCCUCAGCUGUCGGCUCUCACAACACCUCAUUCAAGUCUGCAGCAGCAGAAAAAAGAUCAACCGGAACCUCGGAGCAGCGUGUCCUGCAUCUCUCCACAGGGAUCCUGCAGCGAGAAGCUAAAUGGAUUGUUUCCAACCUCGACGAUGGAUUCAGCAGUGAAUAAUAUGCAGGAGUGCAGGACAGACGCGUCGCCUCCUCUGACCAAUGGACAUGCUCCUCAUGUAAACGGUGCCUUAAACUCGGAGGACUUGUCUCCUGUUGAGUCGACCACCAUGCAAGUUUCAAAUAUAAAACCGGAUCCAUACGAGUUUCCGAGCAGUCCCCCAAAACCGUCCCCCGUCUGUCAAGAGCCAGGCAGCCAGGAAGAAGUCACAGAAGCCAUAAAAGCAACCGAAGGCCAAACACCCUCGCAACUUCACACCUCCUCUCUGUCUCCGGCGUUUCAUUCACGUCCUCCCAUCCGGAUAAACGGAAGUCACCACAAUGCCUUGUCAUCGUACCCCGUCUCUGUGGCUGAGGUGGCGGUCAAACCUCAUCCUCCCACUGAUCGGAUGCCGUCUUCUGAGGCUCAACUGCUGGCACAAACGGGCGGCUUGAUUUCGGAGUUCUACUCGCACUCGCGAUUGCAUCAGAUCUCCACGUGGAGGACUGGAUUUUCCGAGUACGUCAACGAACUGCACAGCAAGCGGAAGUCCACCUCAAGCACUUCCUUCCCAGGGAAAGAAAAACUGAGGAAGCUGAUGGCCCAGCGAUCGACAGGCAGUCAAGGAGCGCCUGCUGUCAAGUCUUGUAUUUUUCAUGUGGACAUGGACUGUUUCUUCGUCUCGGUUGGGAUCCGCCACCGACCAGACCUCAAAGGAAAGCCUGUAGCCGUUACCAGCAACCGUGGGCAGACCAAGGUCCCUGCCCGCCCGGGGACCGACCCCCAGCUGGAACGACAGUUGUUCCAGAAGAAAUUCCCUCCGGCUCAACCAGAUGAAGACGAUCUGGAUCACAGCGGCGACGCUCCUGCUAACGGAGUGGACACCGAAGCAACACUUUCAAUGGCUGAGAUUGCCUCCUGCAGUUACGAGGCCAGGCAGGCUGGCGUGAGGAACGGAAUGUUUUUCGGCAAAGCUAAGCAGCUGUGCCCGACCCUGCAGUCGGUCCCGUAUGAUUUCGACGCGUAUAAAGAGGUGGCGCUCACCAUGUACGAGACUCUGGCUGGCUACACACACGACAUUGAGGCUCUCAGCUGUGACGAAGUCCUGAUUGACACCACAGCUCUUCUGGGGGAACUGGUCAUCAGCCCAGAGGACCUGGCCAGAGCCAUCAGAGCCGACAUCAAGGAGAAGACCGGCUGCUGUGCUUCAGUUGGAAUGGGCUCCAACAUCUUACUGGCUCGACUCUCCACACGGAAAGCAAAACCUGAUGGACAGUACUUUCUGAAGUCAGAGGAGGUGGAUGAUUUUAUAAGGGACCUCUCAGUGACCAGUUUACCAGGUGUGGGACCCGUGAUGGGCAGAAAGCUGGCUGCGUUUGGAGUGCGGACUUGUGGAGACCUCCAACAGGUUUCCCUGUCUCAGCUGCAAAAGAAGUUUGGACCACGAACAGGUCAAACCCUCUUCCGGUUCUGCCGAGGGCUCGACGACCGCCCUGUCCGUUACGAAAAGGAAAGGAAGUCGGUCUCGGCAGAGAUGAAUUACAACAUCCGCUUCAAGAAGGUGGACGAGACCGAGUGUUUUCUGUCCAAUCUAUCCAUGGAGGUGCAGAAACGGUUGCAAGAUGCCGGACUUCGAGGUCGCAGAGUCACACUCAAGGUCAUGGUUCGCAAGGAAGGAGCGCCAGUGGAGCCGUCGAAAUACGGGGGCCACGGGAUAUGCGAUCACCUCGCCAAGACUGUGAUGCUGGCUCAGUCCACCGACAGCGGUCAACUCAUUGCUGCCGCCGUCAUAAAGCUUUUCCACACAAUGAAGCUGCGGGUGGAGGACUUGAGAGGGAUCGGCAUCCAGGUUCAACUGCUUGAGGGGAAUCAGAGGGUCUGUCACAACGCCAACGGGCUGCGGACUCGCUCCAUCAAAGACCUUCUACUCGGACCCAGUAACCGAGACACGGCGAGCCGUCAGGAAAAGUCUUCCCCAGUCACCCCAUCCUCCAGCUCCCUCCACCACCCAGGACCCGAGCCACAGCCAGGAACCAGCAGAGAGAAGAACCAGUGCGUCCAAACGCCAAAACAAUCGCGGAAACAUCUCAACUUCAGCAUCGAAGUUCCCUCGCCGUCGCAGGUGGACCGUUCUGUUUUGGAUGCUCUUCCAGCUGAGCUCAGAGAGCAGGUGGAGCAGUCGUGGACCUUUAGAGACGUGAGACCAAAUCACCACCAUUUACCAAGUCUGCAGGAACAAAGACCUCCGAGUCCACCAAAGAGCCGUCCACCUUCUCCACCUCCAGCCUCUGGUCCUGCCCGAACGCUUGUUCUUCAGUUCCCUAACCAGCCAGACAACCCAGGACUCGUCCUGCAGCUCCCCAACUUCUCACAGGUGGAUCCAGAGGUUUUCGCUGCUCUUCCAAAAGAGCUCCAAGAGGAACUGAAGUCGGCCUACAGCCACGUAACCAACAACCAGCCUCAAGUUAAAACCUGUGCUGCGGAGCCCAAGAAUCCGCUGCUGCAGCUCAAACAGUCCGUUGGUCGAGUGAAACGGCGCUACAAGAGGAAGAACGUCAGCCCUGCGAAAAGAAACCCUUCUCCUCUGAAGAAGCACAGCCCGAAGAAAACGCUGCCUCCGCUGAAACCUCGCGAGCCGGUCAACACAAUCAAGACUGAAAACGCUGCCUCCACGUCGUCAGCGGAGCAGGAGGAACCAGAGUCCGUGGCCAAGUUCAACCCACUUCCGGCUCCUGCACUGGCCGGCGCCUCCGACCUGGCGGAUAUUAAGACUCUGCUGCGAGAGUGGGUGACCACGAUCGCAGACCCCAUGGAGGAGGACAUCCUGCAGGUGGUGAAGUACUGCACUGACCUGGUGGAGUAUAAAGACCUGGAGCAGCUGGAUUUGAUUGUCAAGUACAUGAAAAGACUCAUGCAGCAGUCGGUGGAGUCCGUCUGGAGCAUGGCUUUCGACUUCAUCCUGGACAACGUGCAGGUGGUUCUGCAGCAAGUUUACGGUAGCACACUGAAGCUGACAUGAAGACGGAAGUCACGUCAGGAAUGGUUAAGAACUCUGAAUGUUAAGCUCCGGAAGUGUUACAAAAGCCAUGGCAGUAUUGGUUCAGUGUGUCCAGGAGAGACACACAAGCAUUUACAAUCCAAAACCCCUAACAAUUGUAUCUUAGCAAACUUUGAAUAAUGCAGCUUUUCAAACGGUUGUUUUAUAAAGACGUUUUUGUCAACAGUGUUUUACUAUUUCUUACACCCACACGUGUGAUAUCCCUGUAAGUAGAGAUUUUCUACCGCAUCGUGUCAACGACCCAAAUUGUAACUUCCAUUUCAUCAUGUUCUUUGAUGCUUCGUGCCACACCAAACCUGUGAAAGUCCUUUCUUAUGUUACAAAAAUCAAAAGUGCCAAAUCCCAUCCCGCCAUGUAAAUAGUGUUUUUAAAGAUUGAAAAAAACGAUAAACCUGUGGAAGAUUUACCUCUGGUAUUGUUUACAUGUAGUCAAUUCUUAGUAAUCGUUUCUACGCUUCUUAUGCAGGUCAACACUUCAAAGACACGUUUUUGAGUUGUGUUGCUUUGAAAAUGUAGUUCUGAAAGAAAGUUGACGCUCUGAGGGCAUGUGCUGUUUAAGGAGUCAGAUAGAGAAAAGACAAUAAAAAAAUUGAUCAGUCAAAAGCAGACUGUUAAUAAAACAAUAGCAGUCUAACAUGGAAGUAAAGAUGAUGUGUGUAAAAAUCUGAAGCCUAAGAUCAUAUUUAAGCAGUGUUGGCGCUACUUAAUAAAAAGCACUUGAUGUAGAUACGUUUUUUUUUUUCUCUUUUAGCACUAUCUGGAUAUUGCAAAUCAUAGUAGCCUAUGCAGUUCAAUUUUUAAAAUUGGCUUUUGUACGAGAGCUUGUCGAGAAGUGUGAAGAUAGAUGCAGCAUUGGGUCUAGUUUCUAAUGUAGAAAGUUCCUAAGGCAUCUUCUGCAACGCUACUAAAUCCAAAAUUCGCCACGUUCCUUCCACUUUGCUUUAACUGUGAUCACAUUUGACCCAACAUACACACUCGUGCUGCGUCAAGACAACUUCUCAAAUGUUAUGUAGAUGCCAGUAGUCGCAGUCUGUCAGAGCCUCGCUUACUUUACUGAAUGUAGUGAUGAGACGUGAUCUACGGCUCAAUGUUUCAAACUUAAAAGGCCUUCCCAAAAACAGUUUGAACUGGAACGUGGUGUAAGAUGACGCGUCCAUAUUCGGCUGCUUUCGUUCCUUCACAGGCAUUUGCAGUGUUGAGUAAGUCACGUUUUGCUUCAGCUCAGCUCAAAGAUUUUUAGCUUUGUAAUGUACCUUGUUUUCUCAAUUCAUGGCUUCGUCCUGAGUGUGUACGGUUUCACCGAAAGGUUUGGACAAUAUGCAAAACCGAUCUGUCAUUUGUUCAGAUGAAUGUGAUUGAGAUUGUUGCUCUUCCUCACUUGUCACAACCUUCUAAAUGAGUAAGGGCCGUGUGAUCUGGCUCGUGCCUGAAGACCUGAAGCUGUGAACGUUUUCCAAGUCUUGAUAAUA